CCACAACUCCCUCCACGCCGCUCGCUGUCUGCCAUGGAGAAGCUCGCCAGCUACGAGUCCGACUCGGACUCCGAAGUCGCUGCGCCGCCGCAGGCCGCAGCCGCACCGAAGCGGCAGGCCGCACAGAGCGCCGACGUCCAGGAUGACGACGAGCCGGACGUCGAUCCCAGCGAUGCGUUUGGUCUGGCCGCUCUCUCUGCCCCGCGGCCCGACGCAGCCUCGGCGGCAGACCGCAAGACUGCGAAGCGCCCAAGAAGAGCCGCCGCUGAUGCUGGCCCGUCGGUCUCGGCCGCCGCGCCCAGCAGCAGCAGCUCCUCGUCGCAGCAGCUCGCCGUCCGCGCCGCGCCCGAGGUGGCAGAAGAGGACGCCUCCUCAUCGCAGCUGCUCGUGCGCGCGUCUGACACGGCGAUGCACGUCAAUCUGCCCUACGCAGCGAUGACUGCGCCGCUGCUCGGGCCGCAGAACCCGUUCGCAUCGAAGCCCCUGGGCUCGCAGGCAAAUACGCUCACGGGGCACGUCGAAGCAGCAGCGCUCUCCGACUUCGACUUCCGCAACCAGCAGAGGACCUUCGCGACGCUCGGCUACGCCCGUGAUCCGUCCAAUCUUCUCAAUGCGGGCGGCGCGUCUGGGACCGGCGGCUUCGUAGGCGAUGCUGCCAAGGCCGCCUCGCUCGGCGGCGCAUCAGCGCUCGAACUGCGUGGCGGAGGCAAGGAGGGCCGGGCGACUGCCAGGUCGCUGAAGCAGAAGCGCGAAGGGCAGGACGGCAGUCUAGAGGAGGUGGGCGAUGGAGGAUACGUCGGUCCGUGGGGCGGCUGGAAGGGCGAGAAGAUCCACGUCGCAGAGGGCGUGGGCCCGACGCCUGAGGAGAUCCGGAUUGCGGAGCAGAAGAGCACAGAUCGCAAGAAGGAGGAGGAGGCGAUGGCGCUCCGGCGGAAGCAGGACGACGAGGCAGGCACGGAGAAGAGCGUCUUCCACGGCAAGUCGAUGUUCGACUACCAGGGCCGCACAUACAUGCACGUGCCGAACGAUGUCGACUCAAACCUGCACGGCGAGCCGGGCGCGCAGGCGAGCUACAUCCCGAAGACGUGCAUCCACACGUGGGCAGGGCACACGAAGGGCGUCAGCGCCGUGCGCCUCUUCCCCGGCAGCGGACACCUCAUGCUCAGUGGCAGCAUGGACACCAAGAUCAAGCUGUGGGACGUCUACCACGACGGCAAGUGCCUGCGCACGUUCAUGGGCCACAACAAGGCGGUCAAGGACGUCACCUUCAACCACGAUGGGCGGCAGUUCCUCUCUGCCUCGUACGACCGGCAAAUAAAGCUGUGGGACACCGAGACGGGCCAGUGCAUCCGCGCCUUCUCCAACGGCAAGGUCGCGAACGUGGUGCGCUUCCACCCGGAGAAGCACAACACCUUCCUUGCGGGCAUGAGCGACAAGAAGAUCACACAGUUCGAUCUCGGCACGGGCGAGGUCACGCAAGACUACGACCAGCAUCUCGGGCCCGUCAACACGAUCACGUUCGUCGACGAGAACCGGCGCUUCGUCACGACGUCCGACGACAAGACGCUCCGCGCGUGGGACUUUGGCAUCCCCGUUGUGAUCAAGUACAUCGCCGAUCCGGCAAUGCACUCGAUGCCAGCGGUCACCCUCCACCCGAACAAAAAGUGGCUCGCCUGCCAGUCGCUCGACAACACGAUCGUGGUCUACGCCGCGGACAGCUUCCGGCAGAACCGCAAAAAGGUCUUUGCCGGCCACCAGAUUGCCGGCUACGCCUGCCAGGUCAACUUCAGCCCCGACGGCCGCUACAUCUCCUCGGGCGACGGCGACGGCAACGUCGUGUUCUGGGACUGGAAGAGCGGGCGGCUCCUCAAGCGGCUGCGGGCGCACAAGGAGGUCGUCAUCAGCCACGAAUGGCUGCCGCACGAGAGCUCCAAGCUCGUGACUGGCUCGUGGGACGGCACAAUCAAGCUUUGGGACUGAACCAUACCCAGCCUGCACAAUGUGAUCAGCAUCCAGAGCUUGAACAGAGACGCGUGUGACAUUGCAGCUGAGCAGGUGACCCUGAAGGCAUCACUUGCCGCGGCCCCGGCCACGGCCACCGCGACCGCCGCGGCCGCCCCGGGCGCCGCCAGCCAGGGCAGCGCUACCGCGCCCACCGCUGGCGAACCGCACAGCCUUGCGGGCAUUGACGAGGCUCUCGUCGCCCUGGCCCUUGGCGUUGGGCUUCGAGCGGGAAGCGCUGCCGCCAAGACCGUUCAGCAUCGCCAGCUGAGCAUUCCGCUCCGAGGAUGUGUCGAUCUCGUUCGGUGCGAACU